AUGCGUUUCACCUCCGUCGCCAUUGCCGCCCUCGCGGUCGCUGUCAACGCCAGCCCUGUGCCACUCAACACCGAGGGAGCCUCGAACGUGCAGUACGGCCAAGCCAUCGGCGAGGCUGUCGAAGGUGCCAUCGCUGCCGUCAACGGCAUCAAGAACUGGAACAAGAAGCGUGAGGCCUUCGUCAAGGCACUCACUCAGUCCAUGUGGGACCACAACCCGGACCCGAGCGAGGCUGUUGCUGCUAUCUGCUAUAACGACGGUUACGCCCUAAGGGUCCCGACGGGAAUGCUCGGCUUGAGAAGCGAGUCCGUUUCUUCGGGACCGCUGCACACGAGCUACGACUGCUUCUACAUGAAGGGCAACAAUGCUUUCUGGUCUCAGGGCGAUGGCGGAAGCGUCAACCUCUGGACCGUCUACAACGGCAACCGCUGCUCGUUUGAUCAUUCUACUUCGGAUCUCACUUGCAACUAA